AACAGCUUGCAUACCUUGUUUGUUAGCGACCAGAAAAGAAGGUAAACAGGAAGGUUUUCUGAACCCAAUUGAGAAAGAAGGAAUUCCAUUACAUACUUUACAUGCAGAUGCAUAUAGGUCCAUUAACGGAAACAAAAAAGCUAUAUAAUCAUAUAUUUACAGUGGUUGAUGCAUUUACAAAGUUUGUAUGGUUGUAUCCUACCAAUUCGACAUCCAGUACAGAAGUUAUAAGUAAAUUACAAAUUCACCAGCACACUUUUGGAAAUCCUACAAGAAUAAUAACGGACAAAGGUACAGCGUUCACCAGUGGAAGUUUUAAGACAUACUGCGAAGAUGAAGGUAUCCAACAUGUUAUGAUUACUACAGGAGUGCUAAGACAAGUAAGAAGAAUUCAUCGCAUAUUGAUUCCAGUAUUAACUAAAUUAUGCAUCGAAGAUCCAUCAGCGUGGUACAAGCACAUAGGUAAGGUCCAAAAAGCAAUUAACAGUACAUACUGCAGAAGCAUUGAUACUUCACCAUUUCAAUUGUUAACAGGUACCAAGAUGAAGUGUAAGCAAGAUAUUGAUUUAGUAAAUUUAUUGCAAAAAGAGAACAUAAUACAAUACAAUGAAGAUAGAGAAAAUUUAAGGCAGAAUGCCAAACAACAAAUUCAAAGAAUUCAAGAAGAAAACAUAAGGAAUUUUAAUUAAAAGAGAAAGGAAAGUUCAAAGUAUGACAUUGGAGAUCAUGUAGCAAUUAAAAGUACACAAUUUGGCCCAGGUUUGAAUUUAAAGCCAAAGUAUCUUGGUCCAUACAAAAUAAAGUCAAACGUAACAACAGAUAUGAUGUACAGAAGGUUUACAGCGAGACAGAAGGACCUCAUCAGUCAUCAACAGCGGCAGACUACAUGAAACCAUGGCCUGAGGAAGAUAGCGAAUGAAUUGUCAACUAAUGUAUGAAUGUAUGAGAGAGUUUUGUUUAUAUUGUUUGUUUUUAAAUAUUUAGAGUAGCAGAUCUAUUUCCAGAUAAUAUAAGGUAUAAGAUAAAAGAAGUCAGAUAGCAGUUACAAUUAUAAUCUUAAGAUGUCCUAUAUUUGUAGUUAUCUCAUGUAAAAAUAAAGAGGUUCUUGUAUGAUUAUAAUAUUUUAAGGACAGGAGUUAACUAUUAACUGUUAAAGAUAACUGUCAGAGUAAAAACAUUGUUUAUUCAGUAUUCAAGUUAUUAUUUUUUGUUUGUUUAUUUAAAAGUGUAAAUGUUAUUAUAAGAUUUUGGAUAUCAUUGUUGUUAAGGAUAAUGUGUUAUGUGAUAAGAUGGGUUAACUUUAUUUGUAAGAUUGAUAUAUUGUAACUCUUGUACGUUUGUGUGUAUGGGGAUAUCUCAAUUUAUAUUUUUGUAUAAUGUAGUGGUGGUAUGUCAGAGGAGAGUAGGGGGUGGCUAGAGGCAGCCAAACCCGCAGGAUGGCCGAGAUUUAGAUGCAUGAAUGACUGAUUGGACAGAAUGGAACGGAAGUUGGACAGUGAAAGGAACAAUGGAAGGACGGCAAGACGAAACGAGUGCAAGUGAAAAUAUAUUAUAAAGCAGUAAAUAAAAUAAUAAGAAGACGAAAAUCUUUCAUUCUGCCCACCACCUCACCACAUAUACGACCACGAUGACGUCGAUGUAUUUAGCUCAAGGCAAAGCCGCUUAAUAUACUUUUUGCUAAACCUAAAAUGUUGCAUGAACAAAUUUUCACGCAUGUUCACUUUUUCCAUAUUCUACUGACAACAAAACCGAUGAAGUUUUGACCACGAACUUUGACAACGAGACAAGACAUGUUAGAAUUUUUAUUAAACUUCUAUCAAAGCGUGUGUGUAGUGCUAGUUACUGGAUCUAGUUUUCACUUGUUUUAUAGUCAAUUACAAUUUUUAUCAAAUUAAAAUUAAUGACUAAACUAUAAAGCUUUGGAGUAACAGUCUAUCAAACCUGCGUUCAAACAGGCCACAGUUAUGGUUCCAAUAAAAACAUUUUUUAAAACUUCCAUGUUCCUGAUGCUGUUUUCAUCAGCGUUGGGGGGCAACGGUGAUGUGUCUUCAUUCCAACUGCUGGCCCGACUAUCGUUUCCAACAGUUGAGACGAAACCGUACAACUUGCCGAGUGUAAAAGAGAUAGACCCACGGCAUAGCUACGCUGAUGAGAAAUUCGAAAGGCUGCAGGAGUACUACAGCUAUAUGAACAGCCGUAUCAAGGAACCGCACAAUCCGAUAGAGCGACGUGAGAUUCUAGAGACGGCUCAGAAAAGACUUUACACGUUCAUAGACACGCACAUAAAGGAUUUAAAGCGAUUACUCUUCGAGACAGACAUGGCGUUAAUGUCUAUGGUACUUUUAAAACUCAAUAAAAAAAUGGACACAUCCGAAGCUAAAAUAAAAUCAACACAGGCUAAAAUACCAUUCGGAUUAUAUGCCAGUCCUGAGUUCAAAUGUCUAGGAACAUCUUACUACAUAGCUUCAGCUCACAACCAAGAGGACGCACAAAUGAUAUUAUCAAGCGAAAGGAAACCACAUUGCUAUACGUUUAGAGGUGCAUUUGCAUUCUCCGGUUUCUACCAUCGACAUUCAGAGACAACGUACGUGGGUCCUCACGCAGAACAAUUCCAAGCCAAAGACCCCAGCCAGGGUCUGUACUGCCAUUCUGAUGAUAAUUGGAGUGACGCACAGUGCAUCUACAAAAUAAAUCCUCGCGAAGAGUUCCCUGAAUCGGUGGAGUAUGAGCCUAAGGUGUCGUACUGGUGCGGACCCUAUCGAUACUUCUUGCCUGCCACUACUGACGUCCGUUGCAUUUUCUCUAUAUUCUCUAUGAAUUUUAUACUACGCUUCGGAUACGAUGGCGUCAGUUAUAAGAGCUCCGAUCUAUCAUUUAUGUACCAGAACGGGCAAGUAUUCUACACGGACGAGCCAUGGGCGGGCAUGUCGUGCUGGAACUGGGCGUGCAAGUGGCGACACAACCAAAACCAGCGGUCCAACGAGUUCUUUGUCAAUUAAAUGUAAAAAAAAACAAUAUUUGUGUUAACUGUCACCUGAGACUCUGUCUCCUCUGAAUAAAAAAAAACAACUUAAUACAUCUAACAUUACUACCACUUCGGCAAGCGUUAUCGCUGGGAGAAGAAGUGGCGGAAGAAACUCCAGCAACGCUUCUAUUAUUAAUAGGAGAAAAUCUAUCUGCUAUGAGGUCGUAUCGCGAGAAUGAUUGCCGAUUAUCAACUACCAACU